UCCUCUUUUUGCUGUCAUGCGUGUGUGUGUGUGUGGUGUUGAAUGCGAGAUAAGCCUGACUUCUGUUCUUCCUCCCGAUGUUAUGAAAUCAUCUCUGAGCGCGGAGCUGCAGGUGAAGCUGACGUCCUGAGGCUCAGACCAUCAGCAUUUCAUGAGCUGCUCUGAGCUGUCUCCAUCAUGGAGGCGACGGGGAAAUAUGACUUCAGCGCCACAGCGGAGGACGAGCUGAGCUUCAGGAAGGGAGAUAUCAUCAAGAUUUUAGGCACCAAUGAUGACUGGUUCAAAGCAGAAAUAAGUGGCAUGGAAGGGUUCGUUCCACGGAAUUACAUCAACAUCCAUUUCCCCAGCUGGUAUCAGGAGAACACCAGCCGUCACUCAGCGCAGGAAGAGCUGAUGUGUCAACCAAUCGGAUCCUUCCUCAUCCGAGGCUCCCAGAGUGCACCGGGAGAAUUCUCCAUUUCAGUCAGACAUGAGAGUGACGUGCAGCACUUUAAAGUGAUGAGAGACCGGCGCGGUCAGUAUUAUCUGUGGAACGAGACCUUCAGCUCCCUCAACAGUCUGGUGCAGUACUACACACACAACUCCAUCUCCAAGCAGAGCCGUGUGUUCCUGCUCACAGAGCAGCAGAAUACCACGGAUUUCCCGCACAGGAAGUCUGCUGAGCUGCCGCCCAUCUCUCAGGAGAGACACAAUCACAGAACACCAGCUCCAGCCUGUCCUCGCCCAGCUGAACCCUCGCCACCACCACAGGCGUCUGCGCUGCAGGUUCGGGCCAUGUAUGACUUCACUGCGGAGGAUGCAGACGAGCUGAACUUUCACGCUGGAGAUAUCAUCGAUGUUUUAGAUCAGUCGGAUCGGUUCUGGUGGAAAGGUGUUCUGCGCGGGAGAACCGGACUCUUCCCGGUCAACUACACCAAUCCCGUCUGAGGAGCGACACACACCUGGGGCUCAAUCCAUGUCACCUUCUGCUCCUCGAGUCGUGAUACAUGCGUAAAUAUUACAACAGCUCUGAAUUUAAGAAACAUAUUUUCACCAUGUCAUGUGUACAGAACACACACACACACACACACACACACACCUGUAAAGCAUUGUUCUUCCAGUUGGCACAGAGAUUUGGAAAAAUGUCGAGGUUUAGUUUGAG